AUGUUAAGGCAUGUACCGUCAUUAGAAAAGCUCAGGGCACUGAAGAGGUUAGAUCUCUCUGGUUCUUUGGCACUUGAAAAGAUGCCUCAAGGCAUGGAAUGUCUAUGCAACCUGAGUUAUCUUAUAAUGGAUGGAUGUGGUGAAAAGGAGUUUCCUAGUGGGUUGUUACCUAAACUCUCUCACCUGCAAGUCUUUGUGUUACUGGAGGAUUCGGUUGUUGACAAUCGUUUUAUAUUUCCAUUAUAUUCUCCAAUAACAGUUAAAGGAAAGGAAGUGGGAUGCUUGAGGAAGUUGGAAACUUUGGAAUGCCAUUUUGAAGGUUGCUCUGACUUUGUGGAGUAUCUCAAUUCUCGAGAUAAGACCCGAUUGCUAAAAAAAUACAGAAUUGCUGUAGGACUGCUACAUCACAAUCAUUAUGAACAUGACAAAAAUAAAGUAAUUGUUUUGAGUAAAUUGAGUAUCAACAGAGAUGGAGAUUUUCGGGACAUGUUCCCAGAGGACAUUCAACAACUGACCAUUGAUGAAUGUGAUGAUGCAAAAAGCUUAUGCGAUGUUUCCUCUCUAAUAAAGUAUGCAACUGAUCUGGAGUAUAUCUAUAUUAGUAGUUGCAAUAGCAUGGAGAGCUUGGUUUCAUCUUCUUGGUACUGCUCUGCUCCACUACCUUUGCCAUCUUACAACGGUAUAUUUACUGGUCUUAAAAGGUUUAAUUGUUCUGGCUGUAAGAGCAUGAAGAAGUUGUUCCCUCUUGUCUUGCUGCCAAGCCUUGUAAACUUGGAAGAGAUUACAGUUGAAGAAUGUGAGAAAAUGGAGGAGAUAAUACUUGGAACAAGAUCAGAUGAAGAAGGGGUUAUGGGUGAAGAAAGCAGCAACAACGAAUUCAAACUCCCCAAGUUAAGACUUCUGCACUUGGUUGGAUUACCAGAACUGAAAAGUAUUUGCAAUGCAACACUGAUUUGCGAUUCUCUCGAGGUAAUUUGGAUUAUAGAAUGUGAGAAGCUGAAGAGGAUGGGAAUUUGUCCUCCGUUGCUUGAAAAUGGCCAGCCAUCUCCUCCCCCUUCUCUUAAAAGAAUGUAUAUAGAACCAAAAGAAUGGUGGGAGUCAGUAGUGAAGUGGGAGCAUCCUAACGCUAAGGAUGUGCUUCUUCCCUUUGUAAGGUUUUUGUAG